AACCCCAAAAUAGUCCUCCCUUGUUCAUUCAUCCAGCGAUCCAAGUCCAACAGAAGAGGCGGAAUCAGGGCGGAGCUGGAGUCGACGCCGGAUCUUCGAAGAAGUUAUCGGCUCUCUGUAUCAUGGCAGCCAAAUCAAUGGUUUCGCACUACAAGGAGGUGAAAAGCGUUUUCAAUAAAAAAAUGGAAUUGCAAACGAAUUUAUUCAAUCGUUGGGCCAAAAUGUUUGGCAAGGUUUACGUGUCUAAGCGCGAAGAAGCAUUGCGAAGAUGCAUUUUCGAGACUCAAUGCUCUUAUAUUCUAGAAGAGAAUGAAAAGGGGCUAGCAUACCGAGUUGGCUUGAACCAGUUUUCAGACCUCACAUAUGAUGAAUUCGUGAAGCAGUAUGCCGGUGGCUUCAGCUCCCGUCGGACCAAGUGGUCAGAAGAAGAAUAAUCAGCAAUUAUUAUCUAAUUUGUUUGUGUUUUGAAUUUGAAUAUAAUAUUCGGAAAGUUGUUUAGAACAAACUUUUUGUUUAGCUUUGACAUGUUUGUCACCUUAUUGACCAAGUUAUGACUUCAAAAUCGUUUAUUGCAUGAGCUUUAAUUCGAAUUCCUUUUCGUUUAUCUCGUGGGCUUAUCUACUGGAAUGUACUGCUUUAUGAGAACACAUUAGAGGUGCAUUGAUUUUGCA